AAAAAAACUAUUGAAGCGCUAGGCUCAGAGGAAAGUUUGAUCUUCCAUUUGAUCUUUGCAUUCUCAUUUUUAAACUUGAAGGCAACAACGUAACUCAAACCGAGACUGAGAAAAUAUGCUUUGAUACAUAAUUUGCAACUGCCUCAACUACAGUGUUCGAUUAAAGUUUUUUUUUCUUUUUUACGAAAUCCGUCAGUCUAAAUGAGUGCUACAAAGCCAUCAGCAAUCUCAGAGCAGAGAACGGUCUGUCUGUCUAUUCACGAUGCGGUCAGAGCCGGUGAUGUCACGGCGCUGAUGUCUUUAACGAGAAGCGGGUCAGCAGUUAACGUUAACGACGUGGACCCAGAUUACAGCUUCACGCCCUUGCACUUGGCGGCUCAGGAUGGCAGACUGGAGUGUCUCCAUUGGCUGCUGUGGCAGGGGGCGGAGCCCUCGCGUCAGAGCCCUCAGGGCUGGACCCCGGCACACCUGGCCGCCAUCAGAGGACAGAGGGCGUGUCUGGAGGCUCUGAUAGUGAAUGGGGUGGACUUGUCUGUCCCUGACCAGAGAGGCUGUACCCCGGUUCACCUUGCCUCCGCCCACGGCCACCCUGACAUCCUGCAGACCUUGCUGAGGACUGGAGCGGAGCCGGACAGGGCAUCCUCCACAGGCUGGGUGCCCCUGCACUACGCAGCCUUCCACGGCAGGCUGGGCUGUGUCCAGGUCCUCACCAGGUGGAGCGGCAGUCUGGACGCCACGGACCACAACGGAAACACACCUGUGCACCUGGCGGCUGCAGAGGGCCACGUGUUGUGUCUGAAGUUCCUGGUGUUGAAGGGAGGUGGUCUGGCCAGGACUCUGCAGGCUAGAAAUAACGAGGGGGAAAAUCCUCGAGACCUGGCUGUGAGGUUUCUCAAGCACCCUGUUCUCCAGUGUCUUGAGGAGCUGUCUCAACACACAGACAGCCCAGAAGAGGAAGAUGAAUUUCCGGCCCACACGGCAGCAUUCCACGGAGACCUGGUCACCCUCCGGAAGCUUCUGGAGUGUGGAACCGUCAACAUCAACGAGACAGACCAAGGAGGCUCCACAAUCAUGCACAAAUCCUCUGGGCAGGGUCACCUGACAUGCCUGCGAUGGCUUGUGGAGAUGGGAGCCGACCAUCGCAUCAAGAACAACGCCGGGGAGACUCCCAGAGACACAGCUCAGAGGUUUGGUCAGUUAGCUGCUGUGAGAAUGCUGGGGCAGGCCAGCUCAGAGGAGGAUGAUGAAGGUCAAGUGACGGGGAGCAGGUGCUGUCAGGAGACGAUGACGGCGGCACAGAGAAGACAAGGACGAGAGAGGGCACGCCAGAGACUGGAAGAGCUGAAGACGCAGGUGGAGAUAGCUCGGAGUAACUACCGACAGCUGGGUGGAGAGCUGGAAGAACCCGACAAGACGGACCCAGAGAGAGAAGCGCAGAGCCUCCUUCAGGACCUGCAGGCUCAGCUAGAGAGAGAACGAGAGCGCAGAGAGAGGUUGGAGACCCAGCUAGACGAUCACAGAGCGCAGAUCAGAAAAUUGGAGCAAGCCCGGAGGAAUGCAAAGGUCUCUAAGGACAUCGCCCCAUGUCUUCCCAUCAUCGAGAAAAAAAAGACAACCAAGAAAAAAGCGAAUGUUGCAUGACAAUAUGUUUGAGCAA